GCGGCGGCGCGCUGAGCGGACUGUGCCGGGCGGAAGUAGUAGAGCUCAAAGUGUUUCCGGUUCCUGUGUCAUUUCGAGGCGCCGCCGCCGCAGCCGCUGAAGCCGCGAUGCCUAAAGGAGGGAGAAAGGGAGGCCACAAAGGCCGAGCAAGGCAGUACACAAGCCCUGAGGAGAUUGACGCCCAGCUCCAGGCUGAAAAGCAGAAAGCCAGGGAAGAAGAGGAACAAGAAGAAGGUGGAGAUGGGGCUGCAGGUGACCCCAAAAAGGAGAAGAAAUCUCUAGAUUCUGAUGAGAGUGAGGAUGAAGACGAUGACUACCAGCAAAAACGCAAAGGUGUGGAAGGGCUCAUUGACAUCGAGAACCCCAACCGGGUGGCACAGACAACCAAAAAGGUUACACAACUGGAUCUGGACGGGCCAAAAGAACUUUCAAGGAGAGAACGAGAAGAAAUUGAGAAGCAGAAAGCAAAAGAACGUUACAUGAAGAUGCAUUUAGCUGGUAAGACAGAGCAGGCCAAGGCUGACCUCGCCCGGCUGGCCAUCAUCCGGAAACAACGGGAGGAGGCCGCAAGGAAGAAGGAAGAGGAGAGGAAAGCAAAAGAUGACGCGACUUUGUCGGGAAAACGGAUGCAGUCACUCUCCCUGAAUAAGUAAGCGCUGCCUGUGGGAGGAGAGGCCAGGGAACCGGGCCACGCUGCCAGGACCGCUGCCGCGUCUCGUCCGCCCUGUGUCCUGGCACCACUGCAGCAGCCCCUCAUGGCCAGGAACCCCCACGGCCUGGGGCCGCCUCUUCAUCUUGGCACAGAAAUUGUUUGGGGGGAUGUGGGGGGCUGGGGGAGGGGGCAGCUGCUAUCUUUCGAGACAGAAAGAUGCAGGACAGCAUUUCAUAUGUAACCAUUUGAAUGUUUUUGCUGUUUUUAGAAUUCAGAACCCUGGUUGGGGUGCCUGGGAGGUGGGUAAGAAGAGCUUCUGUUUGUUGGGUAGAUCGCACGUUAGCGGGUGGUGGUGCCGGUAGCAGCUGCUGGCACGUUUGCAGCAACCAGCCCCGGUCUGUGCUGCCUGGGUGCUUACUCGGAGAGGGGAUUGUGCCCUGGGUCCCAUGGCUUCUCCGUCCCUGGCCAGUAUCCUCCAACUGAGCCCCCUUCUCUGCCCUUCCCUGCCCCGUCCCACACAUCUGGCCAGGGCUAGUAUCCAUUUGUAACCCAACCCAUCGAUCAUUUCAAGAAACCUCCGUUUACUGUGCAGCACCCAGGCAAAACCUGCUCCACAAAUCCAACUUGUAUAUUUGGCAGAUUAAACUUGACAUUAUCGUAA